CAUUAUGUGGUUCCAGCCGAGUUACUCAUGCGGAAGGUUGAUCCUUCAUCGGGGGUUCCGCUGCCAGAUUUUCUCAGUUCUCUUGGGGUACCAGGUUUUGCAGCGUGGGUGGGGAUAGAGGUGCUGGGAGACCUAAAGCCAGGGUCAAAUGUGUUUAUUUCAGCGGCGGCUGGAGCCGUCGGAAUGUAUGCCGGACAAUUGGCUAAGCUCAAAGGUUGCCGGGUCAUCGGAAGCACCGGUACGGACGAGAAGGUAAAGCUCAUAAAGGAGGAAUUUGGAUAUGAUGAUGCAUUUAACUACAACAAAGAAACGGAUUUAGAUGCUGCUUUAAGCAAGUAUUUCCCUGAUGGCAUCGAUGUUUAUUUGGACAAUGUUGGUGGUAAGAUGCUUGAGGCUGUCCUCAACCAUGUUAACGUGUGUGCACGGAUCCCGCUCUGUGGCAUGAUAUCUCAAUAUAAGAAGAUCUGGACAGAGAGAGAAGGGGUAAGAAAUCUUCUGAAUAUAGUAGGUAAGGAGGUAAGGAUGGAAGGGUUUAUGGUUGGAUCAUAUUUGGAUCGUUUCGGGGAUUUUACAAAGCAAAUGCAGAGCCUCAUAAUAGAAGGCAAGAUUAGUUCCAAGUUCAAAAUCUACCAUGGAAUCGAGAGUUUCUUGGAGAGCUUAGGCUCUCUCUUCACAAGCUCCAAUGUUGGAAAAGUUAUAAUUGAAGUUAAUCCAUAAUUUGAAAAUUUCUUCGUGCCCUUCUGGUUUGAAGAGCCAAAUGCUGUUGCAAUAAUAUUUGUUGGAUUUCUGAGCCAUGUCAUCUGAUUUAUAUAUGUAAACUAUAUAUAUAUAUAUUCUUAUUGGAAUGAUGCAGCCCUUAUUUUAUGCUUUACUUCAGUGAACAUGCACUGCUUCUAUCAUAGUUUGGUGUCCUGAUUCAGAAUA